GCGGACAUGUUUGCUGUUUAUCGGAUUAAAAAAACAACAAAAAUGGAAGAAUGCCUGAAGAAUCUGUGCAGUAAAGCAAAACUAGACAGAGACAAGGGAUUUAGUCAAAUUGAGAAAUAUCUCGAGUCAGCUGAUAGUGAUGCAGUUUCGUUCAUUGAGAAAAAAUUUACUGACAUGUUGGCAGAUAGCUCAAAUGAAUGGGAAACUAAACAUGGCAUUUUAAUGGGUUCCAAGGCAAUUGCAAGAGUCACUAACUGUUCUGAGGAAUUCUGUUCGGUGUUACUUACGAAGUCGGUUGAUCUAGCAGAUGAUAGUGAAUUUAGAGUUAGAAUCGCAGCAGGUGAGGUUAUUGGAGCUCUGUGUAAGAAAAUAGGACCGAGUGUUUACCAGCAAUGUCGCACAGAUGUGUUAGAUGGAAUUUCCACAAACUUGGAGCGUGAUCCACUGACGGAUAGCUGUAUAUCAGAGCAGGAUGAGACAGAGAGACUGAUGGAGAAACUCUCAAGUUCACCCAGAGGAGAGAAAAGACACAGUACAGAAGCAGCUCAAAUUUUCCAUGACACAGCUGGGUGGAAAUCAUUGGAAACUUGGAUGAAAUGUUUACAGAGUAUUAUUGAAGGUCUAGGACACCACUUUAAUCCAUUUGUUGAUCAGGAGCUGCUGGACCUGAUAUUCAGGGCCCUCACACACACUAACAGAUUUGUCCGAGAGACUGGGUACUACGUGUGUGCCAGCAUGGUUAUGUGUGGAGUAGUACAAGACGGAUCAGAUUCAGCAUUACUAGAUGAUGAUAAUGCCAUAUUGAAGUACGGACACCAGUUUGCUGAUUACCUAGGUAGAGGACUGGCAGAUAACUGGAGUCAGGUAAGACUGGCAUCAUCAGUAGCUACCAGAAAGUUUCUACAAAGUUUACCCUCCGACCAAGCCAGACAUCAGUUCUUUCCUGUAAUUCUACCUAAGAUGUGUCUGAACAGGUAUUAUGUUGCUGAAGGGGUGAGAAUUUACUCCCAGGACACGUGGAAACAGGUGACAGGUUCAGAAGGUAAACAGCUCGUAGAAAUGUACAUCUCACAAGUGGUUGACUAUUAUAUAGAAGCAACAGGGGCAGAUAACCAUGCAGUGAGGGAGGCUGCCUGUGCUUGUAUAGCAGAACUUGGAGCAAAAGUGAACAAGGAAGUAGUGCAUACUUAUAUCCCUCAACUGCUAGCAGCUCUUCUAGUCUGUUUCAGUGAUGAUAGCUGGCCAGUUAGAGAUGCUGCCUGCGUAGCCUGUGGGAAUUUUGUUCUCUGUUUUCCUGAAGAAUCAAGGUCCUCAUUACCAGCACUGUAUCCUCUGUUCUUUAACAAUCUACAAGAUAACAUACCAUCAGUCAGGCAGGGGGCUGCUCUCGCUCUGUCUAAUGUUGUCAGGGCUUAUGGGGAUGAAUGCUUUGAAGAGAUAUUAAAGAAAGUGAAAGAAGGUCUAGCAGGUGUAGAAAAACAACCAGAAAAUACAGAAAAAUACAGUGCUCUGGAUAAAGGUCCAGCCACAUACGGUGUUGUAAAAAAGUUACGAGACAAUGACAUGUCAUUACAUACAGACAGACAGAUGUACUCAUGUGGGUCACUAGCACCAAAAAUGGGGCGUGGUAACAGAGAAGGCGGAUGUAUGGAUCACAAAUUUAGGAAAGAUCCAGAACCCUGGGAACUAGCAGACGGGUGUAUUCAUGUAGUAGCAGAGUUAUCAAGUUUACAGAAGUUUGCUGCUAAAGUAGCAGAGUUGUUGCCCAUGGUGUGUGCAGCUGCCUCACAUGACCACUAUACACACCAUACAAAUAUGAAAGAAACUGUGUGUCAAAGGUUACCUCAUAUAGCGAAAGGUCUCGGCAAAAGAUACUUCAAAAUGUACCUGGAGAUUUUCUUUGAUGUCAUAUUUUUUAGUCUUAGUUGUGAUAAUGCCCUCACCUCAGCAGCUGCAGCCAGCUGCCUGUCAGAACUCGGCAAAUUCCUCGGCCCAUCCAUCUUGAGAGGAAGAAUUGAACAGUAUAACCCAAGGUAUUUAGAACAGAUGCCUCCAGACUUUGGCCAUCAGGCUUCUAGCUUCACUGGUCCUGGCGCAGGUGUAUUUGGAGGUCCCCCAGGAUUAGGUCAAGCUAUGUUUGGAGGUCCACCAGGUCCAGCUAUGUUUGGAGGUCCACCAGGAUCAGGUCCAGCCAGAUUUGGAGGCCCUAUGGGGUCAAGUCAUCAAGCACCAAUGUUUAGAGGACCAGAAGGAAUGGACUAGAAUAUUUUUAGGUGAAGGACAACAAACAAGGCCUUCAUUUUGAAUAAACUAUUGUACCUUUAAAAGUGAAUAAUUACAACAUUUAUUAAUUUAAACAAUUCUGUUAGUUAAGCUAGGACAUUCACACUUGAUGAAUCCAUUGUUUAUCAUUUGUGUAGUCAUAUGAAUAUUUUAGAAUUGCUUUUAUGGCCAAACUAGAAACUAGUGAAAUUUAAAAACUCAUAUUUUAUUAUUUCUGGAGGAAACAUAUAAGUGUGAGCACUUAUUUUCUUAGACUAUUUCCUAUCCAAUGAUUAUGGUUUAAACUCAACAUUUAAUGAAGGGUUGUUUUUAUAAAGAAAUAUAAAGAAAAUGGAGAGAGAAAACCAAUUUAAAAAUGAGCAAUCAGUUCAGAAUAAGCUUACUUGGAAUUAUAAAAAUUGAUUUUUUUUCUAGUGUUCUUGCAUGUGUAAUCCCUGUGUUACAAUACACUUAUUUAACUUAAAGCUACUUUAUUCAAUGUAUGCAUUAUUCAUCAGGGUUUACACCAGUGUGAACACCAGAAAAAAUUAUUCAAUCCUGUAAUUUUUUGUGUGGCUUUAUGAUUAACCUGCAGGACUUUGUACCAUGUAUUAUUAGCAUAAUAACUUGUUUACUUUUUGAUAUGACUAAGCUUUAUAGCACCUGUACAUCAACCUGCCCUAUUUCUAGAGAUUUGAUAAUCUAUGAAUGAUUUAACUCUACAAGCAGGAAUUAUUGUUUAAACCACCACUUAAGAGGAAGGAACUUAGUUCUGGUAUUGUUGGUCUAUGUUUCAUGCCUCCAUGGAAACCAUCUAGUUGUAACAAUGUCUUGUACCUAGCAGGUAUUAGCUGUAAUUGCCCAACCAAGUUUAUUCAGACCAGGUUAGAUAGGUGAAAUUUAUGGCUAAAAUAGAGUUCAUUGUUUACAUAGAGCUACAUAAAAAAAAUCCUUAAUUUAAAGAAAAUAAAAUCAGCAAACUUGGACCUGUAUGAACGUCUCUCUUAUUGAUUUGGUUAUGCUUGAUACCACAUACUUGUAGUGACCACCAGCCAGACUUGUUAGAAAUAUCAUAUCUACAUGGACCUAGGCCAGGUAAGCAAUGAAGGCCCAUCAUGGUCGUCUUACUUCCCAAACCAAAGUUGGUGAAAUGGAGAAUUUUCUUUCAUUAAAAUUUUUAUUUACUUAGACAGUAUCCCAUCAAGUUGAGUGGUUUGUUUAAUGACAUUAGAUAGACAUGAACAAAACCAUUAUUUCUUGAUUAUUUCAUACACCACGAUAACAGUCUCUUGAGAAAAAAUAAUUAAUACAGAAAGAUUGAUUGGAUUAACAGGAUAAUGAAAGCUUAAGAUUAGCCAAUAUUUGUUUUAAUCUUUGUUAUGUCUUGGCAUGUUUGGUGCACUAAAGCGAGAUGUAUAUUACUAUGUUUUGUGAAAUUAUAUAUCUAAAGUUUUAGAUCACCAGAGCACAAGGUGCUCAAGGGGAGUUAUUUUGUACACUCACUGUCUGUUUGCAUCUGUCGUCCAUUUCCAUUUCUUUCUAAGGAUGUCUUCUCUAAAACCACAUGGUGGCAGUUGAUGAAACUUUGCAUGGAAGUUCCAUGUACGGUCCUUUUUCAAGUUCAAACAGUUUUGCUCGGUUGAACAUUGGAACCAUCAGCGCUAGAAAUAGAAAAAAAAUCUCCAAACAACAUCUCGUCUUAAACCACUUGUCUGAUUUUAAACAAUUUCACAUAAGUUUUACUUGAGCAAGAUUGCCCAAAUGAGUCAGAUUUCUCCAAAAAUAAGAGUCGGUGUUUGCUUUUCCUUAUAUUUACUAGUUUAUAGUGAGAACUUUAGAAAUCUCUUUCUCAAGACACUUUGAAAAAAUCUUGUUUGAAACCACAGGUUUCAGUUUCAGAAUACACAACAUUAUGCAACCAUUCCUUGGGGACCCCCCUGCCCAUAUUGUUAACACCAAGAUGAUUUGUUUACCAAACUUGCCACCAUGAACAUGGCUUAUUUUCUCUAUAUGUAUAUUGUGGAAACUAAGAAAGUAUUGAGCAUCUGACCUGAUUUCAAAAUGAUUUAAGGUAAACAAACAUUUAUGCAAAAUGGUCACUAAUGGCUUGCAGAUGUAUUUUUAUACCCGAGUUUUGAAACUCUAGUGAGUGAUCAACUAUUCUUUGCUACUAUUUUAGUGUUUACAAUAGUUCAUUGUAAAAGUUGUUUCAGCAAUAAAUAGUAUAAAAAAC